AAUUUUGGCGCCACGCACUCACUCACUCACUCCAUUUAUGGCGGAACUACGACGCCUCUUCCUCAUCACCACCGCCACCACAACUACAACUCGACCUCAAUUGAAAUUAGGGUUUCUCUGCAACUCUUUAAGCAAACGCUUCACCACACUUCGCUUCCCAGUUUCAACAAUGGCCUGUGUCGAGACGAAGAUCAACAACGGUUCCGACGCCGUCAACGAACCAUCACCUAAAAUCCAAAAGCUCGAUCGAAACGGAAUCCAUCAUGGAGAUUCUUCAUCAACACCAUUCUUCAAAGUGAAGAAACUCUCAGAGAAAGCUGUUUUACCAACAAGAGGCUCAUCUCUCUCCGCUGGAUACGAUCUCUCAAGCGCGGCUGAUUCGAAAGUCCCGGCGCGAGGUAAAGCGCUUAUCCCGACGGAUCUAAGCAUCGCUGUUCCCGAAGGAACUUACGCGAGGAUCGCUCCGAGAUCUGGUUUGGCUUGGAAACAUUCGAUUGAUGUUGGAGCUGGUGUGAUUGAUGCUGAUUACAGAGGACCUGUUGGUGUGAUUUUGUUCAAUCAUUCUGAUGUUGAGUUUGAUGUGAAGUUGGGUGAUCGAAUCGCUCAGUUGAUUAUUGAGAAGAUUGUGACUCCUGAUGUUGUAGAGGUUCAAGAUUUGGAUGAUACGGUUCGUGGUGAAGGUGGUUUUGGUUCUACCGGCGUCUGAAGAAGCGUAUGUGUCUUAGUUUUAAUUUAGGGUCAUUUCGUCGAACAGUUUGUGCGCAUUAUUGUAAUAUCUAUCUCUUUGCUUCAUCUUUUUUAAGUAUUUUUAGAGUCUACCGAAUCAGUAUAGCUAUCCUUCUUCUGACACAAGCUGUUGCAUAUUUAGCUCCUGUUGCAGCUGCGACUGCUGUUUUCUUGAUCUAUCCAAUUGGUAUCUUUAUCAAAUCUUAUUAAAGCC